AUGAAUAACAUGAAUAAGUCGGACCUUGACUUAGUACAGCUGCUCAAGACAUUUGAUCCGGAUACAAAGUCCUUCAAAUUUGGAACCAAAUCAUUCCAAAUCACAGGCAAUGCAGUGACACAGAUUCUAGGACUGCCAAAUGAAGGCAAAUCUGUCAAACUUGUCAAUGAUAGGUACACUUCUACCUUCAGAACAAGGCACUUUGGAGAGAAGGGAAAACCAUCAAAAAACCAGGUAGAAGCAGAAUUACAAAAGACAAUUGCCUUGGCAAACCAACCGAAGAAAGAAAAGGCAAAGACAGAGCAAAAGAAAAAAAUGAACAAAGGAAAAGAAAAGAAAGAAGCUGAAGAAGAAGAAGAAGAAGAAGAAGUCGAUUACGACAAGGAGGUGGUCAGCCUAAUCUUGAUUCUGCUGUGCAUAACAUUCCUUUUUGCCAACUCUUCAUCGACUUUGCAUUUGAAAUUAUUUGAGCACUGUGUGAAUCUAGACACACUUUCAAGCUAUUCGUGGGCAAGAGCUGUUUCAGCCUACAUGAAUGAAUCCUUGACCACAAAAGCAAUAGCAAAAGCAAAGAAGGGAGGAGAAGCCUCUAUAGGAGCUGUUUCGGGUUGCACUAUCCUAAUAUUGUUUCUACUGUGUGAGAGGACAAACAUCAUACAACCAAUCCUUGGCAAGGAGAAAGAAACUCCUGCCAUUCUUAAAUGGAGUCUUGUGGAACUCCACACAAGAUUCAACCAAAUAAAGGACUUGAAUGACAUCGAGGGUAUUUUUAAAACUCCUAAAAAGCAAAAAACUACCAGGGAAGAGGAAGAUAAUGUUGAGAAGGGUAUUUUGAAAACAUAUAAAAAGAGAAAAACUACCGGAGAAGAGGGAGACCCUCUUGACAAGAAAAAAGAAAAAGAAGAUGAUGAGGGACAAAAAGGAGAAGCAGAGGAAGCUGGAAAAGAACCUCUUGCAAUUCAAGACCUCUUGGUGAAGUCUAUGACAGACCAAAUCAACUACCGCCAACAAGAAGAUCCCAGCUUCGUUUGCCCGGAAAGAUUACAACUGUGGAAGGAUGAAAAAAAUGAAGACAGUGAGAAGAAAAUGAAGGACUUGUGGGAUAUCUUUAUCCAAGCAGAAAAGAGGUCAAAGGAGCUGGAAGUGGAGUUGGCAACAUACAUAGAGAAAUUAGAUAAUGAAGAAUGUGUGACUGCCACCAUGACAGUGGAAUCUACGAUUCAGCUGAAUGAAAUACAAAAUCUGAAAAGGAGGAUUGCCGAAUUGGAAGAGAAAGAAGAAGAAAAGAAAGAAGAAGAGAAGCAACAAGAAGAGAGAGAAGAAGAAAAUGAGAGAGAAGAAGAAAAUAAAGAACAAGAGAAGCAACAAGAAGAGAGAGAAGAAGAGAAGAAGCAAGAUGCUCCAACACCUGCUGUUCCUUCAAGAGUACAAAGGUUGAAGAACAGAGAAAGAAAGAGGCUUCAAGCUUCUUGCUAUGUGUACGAAAAAAAUAAGAAAACAAAAAAGGAGGCAAAAAAGGAUGAUGAAGAACUACCACAAUUCAAGCUUAUCUCGUCCGAGGAGUUAACACAAGAGGCAUCUCAGCCCGAUGCCACAAAUCCAAUUCCCGAUCCCCCAAAAGGAACGAGCCUUCAUGAUUCAAUUCCUGUAGGUCUGGAACAAUCAAGUGAUGAAGAUGAAGGACAAAAAAAGCCAACAAAGAAAAAACUUGGAUGGGGUCAGAGGAAGGUGUGGCAGAAAAUUCCAAAGGCGGAUAGGGAAAGAAUUGAAAAACACUACUUAAGUACUCAACCUCGUGAUAUCUUUUGGGCAGGACUCAAUAGUGAGAAAGUGACAAACCAUGAUCUCAAAGAUAUUGUAUGGGACCUGGAACUGUCACAAAACGUUAUUGAGGCCUAUAUCCAAAUAGAGGAGGAUAAAAUAGACCCCAUGCAGACAGGGAGUCCACAGUACAUGUCCACAUGGACUUGGGCUUACAUGCAAAGCUUCGAAGAGCCAUUUUGGCACAGGGCCCUGUAUGAACACUUACUUGAAAAACUCGGGAAAUGCAGUGUUCUUUUCUUCCCGAUUAUUUCAAAAGAAGAGUUCCACUUCACACUUCUCACAUUUCACAAAAAUGAACGAAAGUGGAGACACUACAAUCCACUUAGAUCGUUGGGACAUAGAAAAGAAGAAAGGUGCAUUGACAUUGCUCGAAACUUUGUUAAUAUUGUUGAAGGGUGGCUAGAAUAUAUAAGACCUCAAGCACGAGUGUUCAUAGAAACUAAAAAAAAACCAACAAUUGUGAAGCAAAAGGACGGGCCCCCAACACUUGUACAAAAAGAUUUGACUCCAACUGAAGAACUCACUCUCAAAUGGAUUAUGCAAAAUCCAUUGCAGUUUCCAUUUGAGGAUGACAUGGAAUGUGCUCAACAAACUGUAUCUUCAUUGGAUUGCGGCAUGUUCGUCAUGUUCUAUAUGGAUAAAAUAGCACAAGGACAGCCCAUUCCAAAAAGCGUGGACAAGAAAUUCAUGAAUGAAUAUCGAGCACAAUAUGUCACAAAACUCCUACACCACAAAAACUGUGUAAUUAAUCGUCUCUAGUGAUUUGCCUUUCGUUAACUCAAGGCAAUAUGUAUCUUAAUUCUUGUGGAUGUUUGUAAAUAUUUCUAGUUAUGGUAUAUGAGAACAUAUUUC